AUGGGUUUCGGCGAACUUGACCAGAAGGCCAUCAACACCAUCCGCCUUCUCGCGGUUGAUGCGACCUUCACCAGCAACUCGGGACACCCCGGUGCACCCAUGGGCAUGGCGCCCGUUGCCCACGUUCUCUGGAACAAUUUCAUGAAGUUCAAUCCCAAGAACCCUAAGUGGUUGAACCGUGAUCGUUUUGUUCUUUCCAACGGACACGGCUGCAUGCUUCAGUACGCUCUGCUUCACCUAUUCGGCUAUGAUCUGUCGCUGGACGACCUCAAGGCCUUCCGCUCCGUUGACUCGAAGACUCCCGGCCACCCUGAGGCCCAUGAUACCCCAGGUGUCGAAGUCACCACUGGCCCUCUUGGCCAGGGUGUCUCCAACGCUGUUGGCUUGGCCAUUGCCCAGGCUCACACCGCUGCCACCUUCAACAAGCCCGACUUCACCCUUGUCGACAACUACACUUACUGUUUCCUGGGUGAUGGCUGCCUGAUGGAGGGUAUCUCGAGUGAGGCCUCAUCCUUGGCUGGUCACCUUCAGCUUGGCAACCUGAUCUGCGUUUAUGACGACAACAACAUCACCAUUGAUGGUGACACUAACUGCGCUUUCACCGAGGAUGUCUCCAAGCGCUACGAGGCAUACGGCUGGCAGGUCCUGGACAUCGAGAAGGGUGACACCGACCUCGAUGCUAUGCAGAAGGCUUUUGAGCAGGCCAAGGCGGAGAAGAACAAGCCGACUAUCAUUAACCUGAAGACCACCAUCGGAUACGGUUCCCUCCAGCAGGGCACCCACGGUGUUCACGGUUCGCCUCUCAAGAAGGAUGACAUCAAACAGCUGAAGGAGAAGUUCGGUUUCAACCCUGAGGAGAGCUUCGUUGUCCCCAAGGAAGUUAGUGAGCUGUACGGCAAGCACGCUUCUGAGGGCGCUGCCGCCGAAGAGGAGUGGAACAAGCUCCUCGCCUCGUACGCCGAGAAAUUCCCCAAGGAGCACGCCGACCUCACCCGUCGCCUGAAGGGCGAGCUGCCUGAGGGCUGGGAGAAGGCCCUCCCCGUCUACACUCCCGCCGACCCCGCCGUUGCCUCGCGCAAGCUGUCCGAGACUGUGCUCAGCAAGAUCAUCGAUGUCGUCCCUGAGCUCCUGGGUGGUUCCGCCGAUCUGACGGGCUCCAACCUGACUCGCUGGAAGCAGGCUGUCGACUUCCAGCCCAAGUCCAAUGGCCUCGGUGACUACUCUGGUCGCUACAUCCGCUAUGGUGUUCGCGAGCACGCCAUGGGUGCCAUCAUGAACGGUCUGGCCGCCUACGGUACCAUUAUCCCGUACGGCGGUACGUUCUUAAACUUCGUCUCCUACGCUGCCGGUGCCGUCCGUCUGUCGUCUCUUUCUCAGAUCCGCUGCAUCUGGGUCGCCACCCACGACUCUAUCGGUCUUGGUGAAGACGGUCCCACUCAUCAGCCUGUCGAGACUCUCGCCCACCUGCGCGCCCUUCCCAACAACAUGGUCUGGCGUCCUGCCGACGGUAAUGAGACUUCUGCGGCCUACUACGUUGCCAUGACCUCCAAGCACACCCCCUCCGUCCUUGCCCUCUCUCGCCAGAACCUUCCCCAGCUGGAGGGCUCGACCAUUGAGAAGGCCAUCAAGGGUGGCUACGUCCUGCACGAGGUCGAGAAGGCCGACGUAACCCUUGUUUCGACCGGUUCCGAGGUGUGCAUCUGCGUUGAUGCCGCCAAGUACCUGAAGGAGAAGCACAACGUCAAUGCCCGUAUUGUGUCGAUGCCUUGCUUCGAGGUGUUCGACACCCAGAGCAAGGAGUACCGCCUGUCUGUCCUCCCUGAUGGUAUCCCCUCGCUGUCCGUUGAGGUCAUGAGCACCAUGGGCUGGGAGCGCUACACCCACGAGCAGUUCGGUCUCAACCGCUUCGGUGCUUCCGGUGCCUACAAGGAUGUGUACAACAAGUUCGAGUUCACUCCCGAGGGCAUCUCCAAGCGCGCCGUGGCGACAAUCGACUUCUGGAAGGACGUUCCCAACGUCCGCUCUCCUCUCAACCGUGCUUUCCAGCAGAUCAUCUAA